UGCUGCUGCCUGAGAGUAUAUAAAGCAGAGGCGUAAGAAAGAAUGGCAUCAGUCUCUCGCCAGCAUUUGCAAGGAUCGCAUCUCCCAGCAACACUCACCGCUCCGUCAACAUGAAGGUCCUGUUGCUCCUGGCCGCCCUGACUGCUGCCGCCAUCGCCGCGCCACAACACCUUGGGAACGACUACGAAUACGCACCAGCAGAAUACAAUUUCGCCUAUUCAGUGAAUGCAGCUGACCCUUACAACAACCCAGUUAGGUUCGGUCACCAAGAGGGGCGUGAAGGUGCCUAUACCUCCGGUACAUACUAUGUUCUUCUGGCUGACUCCCGCCUCAUGACAGUCAACUACUACGCUGAUGAGACUGGAUUCCACCCCACCUACACCUUUGAGGGCCAAGCGCAGUACUACUAAAAAGAAGCAGCCUCUGUAGGAGAAGGAAUCUGUUUGAACCUUAGGCAUCCUAUUUUAUUCUUCCACGGGUGAAAACACGAGCAGACGCUUUUCGCAUCUUAUCGCCAUGAAUUACGUAUGACCUUUUCUUUCUUCUUUUAUUUUCUUCAUCCUUUAUCUUUAUCUAAUCUCUUUUGUUAUAUCACCUGCAGGCAUAAUGUAUUAAGUUCUACUCCUAUCGUGGUUAUAAUUUUUCUUGUGGUGAACUACUAUUACCUGUUUCGUGCCUCUAUCGUCCAUCUAUUUCACCUGUUUCAUCUGUCACGUGGCGAAAUGAUUGAUUAAGUAUCCCCCUCACCUGGAUAUUGUUUUCUGUGACUCCUCUCAAAACUCUCCUACCUAGUCAUUAUCAUUAAUUCAUAUAUUUAUGUAUCAUUACGCUUUUCAGAAGAGUUUAUAUAUUUUCUUUACAGAGUAUGUUUAGUUAAAUAUAGUUUUGUAUCUUUUCUAUAAGAAUGUAUACGUAUAUUUUUGCAUUGUUUUUUUUUUCACAAAUAAAUAUA